CUUCCUCGCUGCAAAUUCACGGUUCUAAUUAAAUCCCCUUCUGUUUUUUCGAACUUUUACUCCGAGAGGUAGCUGCUCUGAGAAGAAACAGAUGUUUCAGAACAUCCUUACCGCUCUCACCGGAAACUCCGACGGCGACGGCGAUGGCCACCGCACUACCAUUAAAGGGACGGCGGUGUUGAUGAAGAAGAAUGUGUUGGACAUGAACGACUUGGGUGCCUCCGUCAUGGAUCGAUUUCACGAGCUAGUGGGCAACAAGGUUUCCCUCCAGUUGAUUAGUUCCGUCAACGUUGACCCUGAAAAUGGUUUGAGAGGGAAGCUUGGGAAGCCGGCAUAUCUGGAAGAUUGGAUUACAACAAUAACGCCUUUGACGGCGGACGAAGUUGCAUUUAAGGUUACAUUUGAGUGGGAUGAAGCGAUAGGAACUCCAGGAGCAUUGUUAAUAAGGAAUAAUCAUCCUAGUGAGUUCUAUCUCAGAACUCUUACUCUUGAAAAUGUUCCUCAUCAUGGCGUUAUCCACUUCGUUUGCAACUCUUGGAUCUACAACGCGGAUAAAUACGAAACGAAUCGCAUUUUCUUCGCCAACAAGACGUUCCUUCCAAGUGAGACUCCAGAGGCCCUGCUCAAGUACAGAGAAGAAGAAUUGAAUAAUCUGAGAGGAGAUGGACAGGGGGAGCUUAAAGAAUGGGAUAGAGUUUAUGAUUAUGCGUACUAUAAUGAUUUGAGCAAUCCAGACAAGCCUCAGCUCGUUCGUCCUAUUCUGGGAGGGUCUAGCCAAUAUCCCUACCCUCGAAGGUGUCGAACUGGUAGACCACCCAAAAAGUCAGAUCCUAAUGUUGAGACUAGGCUGAAGCUGCCAUUGAGUCUCAAUAUCUAUGUUCCAAGGGACGAAAGAUUCAGUCAUGUGAAGAUGGCGGAUGCUCUUGGCUAUGCACUAAAGCUCAUUGUUCAAGUUUUGAAACCUGAGCUGGAAUCUCUUUUUGACAGAACUCCGAAUGAGUUUGAUAGCUUUCAAGAUGUGCUUAAACUUUAUGAAGGUGGGAUUGAGUUGCCUGAAGGUAUAUUUAAGGAUAUUAGGGAUAACAUUCCGGCAGAAUUAAUCAAGGAAAUUUUCCGAACUGAUGGUGAAAAGUUCCUCAAGUUUCCGACGCCUCAAGUGAUUAAAGAGGAUAAGUCUGCGUGGAGGACUGAUGAAGAAUUUGUGAGAGAGAUGCUGGCGGGUGUAAAUCCUGUCAUAAUUCGCUGUCUCCAAGAAUUCCCGCCGGCUAGCAAACUAGAUCCUAAAGUUUAUGGUGAUCAAACAAGUAAGAUAGCUAAAGAACAAAUAGAGUUAAACCUGGAUGGGCUCACUGUAGAUGAGGCCAUCAGUAAAAAGAAGUUAUUCAUAUUAGAUCACCAUGAUACGCUAAUGCCAUACAUGAGGAGGAUAAACACCACUUCCACACAGGCUUAUGCUAGCAGGACAGUUUUAUUCUUGCAAAGUGAUGGAACUUUAAAGCCAUUGGCCAUUGAAUUGAGUUUGCCACAUCCCGAGGGAGAUCAAUUUGGUGCUUUAAGUGAAGUCUACACUCCUGCCAAACAAGGCGUUGAAAGCUCCAUCUGGGAAUUAGCCAAAGCUUAUGUAGCAGUAGUUGACUCGGGCUUUCACCAGCUUAUCAGCCACUGGUUGCAUACUCAUGCUGCAAUUGAGCCAUUUAUUAUAGCUACAAACAGACAGCUUAGUGUGCUUCAUCCUAUUCACAAACUAUUGCAUCCUCACUUUCGUGAUACCAUGAAUAUAAAUGCACUUGCACGGCAGAUCCUCAUCAAUGCAGGAGGAGCUUUGGAGUUAACAGUAUUUCCUGCUAAGUAUUCCAUGGAGAUGUCAUCGUACAUGUAUAAGGAUUGGGUUUUCCCUGAGCAAGCACUUCCUGUUGAUCUUGUCAAAAGAGGAAUGGCAGCUGAGGAUUCAGCUUCCCCACAUGGCCUUAGGCUGUUGAUUGAGGAUUACCCUUAUGCUGUUGAUGGACUAGAGAUUUGGUUUGCUAUCAAGACAUGGGUCCAAGACUAUUGUUCCCAUUACUACAAGACAGAUGACACGGUCAGGCAAGACUCUGAACUCCAAUCUUGGUGGAAGGAAUUGAGGGAGGAAGGCCAUGGUGACAAGAAAGAUGAGCCUUGGUGGCCUAGGAUGCAGACUCGUGAAGAGUUGAUAGAAUCUUGCACUACUAUAAUCUGGAUUGCUUCAGCUCUCCAUGCUGCAAUUAACUUUGGACAAUACCCUUUUGGAGGCUACCCCCUUAAUCGCCCAUCUAUAAGUCGGCGAUUCAUGCCCAAGAAAGGAAGUCCAGAAUAUGAUGAGCUCCUGGCAAAUCCUGAAAAGGCUUUCUUGAAAACAAUUACAUCACAGUUGCAGACUGUUCUUGGCAUUUCUCUUAUAGAAGUCUUGUCUAGGCAUACUUCUGAUGAGGUCUACCUGGGACAGAGAGACACUCCUAAUUGGACAUCUGAUGCGAAGCCUUUGGAAGACUUUGAGAAGUUUGGAGAGAAAUUGAGAGAAAUUGAAGAGAGAAUUAUGAGGAGGAAUAGUGACGAGAAGCUCAAAAACCGAGCUGGGCCAGUAAAGAUGCCAUAUACUUUACUUUAUCCUUCCAGUGAAGGUGGUCUCACUGGCAUGGGAAUUCCCAACAGUGUCUCGAUUUAAAUGCGCUGCGCAGCCUCAGUUAUAGUAACUUCUGAAUUAUCUGGUUUAGUUAAUUCUAUUUAUUUUCAUGUUUAGCCACUGUUCUCUUCUUUCGUUUUGAAGAGCUAUGUCAUUCUAAGAGAUGGACAUGGGAGUUUGCAUGUGUUCUUAUCCUAAAAUGUUGAUAGAAAUAAAUUGCCAUUUUCUGCUA